AUGCAUCUGUACUCUUGGAACUGUCGUGGAUCUACUGGUCAUGCUCAGUCCAUCUCGGACAGACCAUUCAACGUGUCUCAGGCUCGUCGAGGUGCCGUCGACAACAAAAGAGAUACGUCCAACCAGGGUCGAGGAGGGUUGGGAAAAGGAGGAGGAGAAGGUGGAAAGAAAGAAGGAGUGUGCCCACGAAAAUGGCAGUAA